AUGAAGAAGCCCUAUGACUCGUCGCAGCAGGUUUACGACGAUAUCGAGUACCGCGUCUUGAGUCGUUUUGUCAGCCGUCCGCAGGCUUCCUGCACAGGGUAUUCCACGUCUUGUCCAGGCACCUGCGGCCUAGGCACCACCUGUGGCCUAGGCGCCUGUGGUCUAGGCACUUGUGGCCUAGGCAGUAGCUGUGGCCUGUCCACCUCCGGUUCUUGCGCCGGUCUAUCCACUUCCGGCUCCGGCAAUGCCUGCAGCCUAGCCAGCUCCGGCCUAUGCGCCUCUGGGUACUCCAACAAGUUCCAGUCGCCGCAACAGCCGGAAGAGAAGUCGUCGUCGUCAAGCUUUGAGUGCACACUGACCACCACGACGGACAGUUCGGGUAGCGGCUCGCCACCACAAUGGCGGCCGCUGAACGGCGAGUGUCACACACCAGGCGGCGUACUUAAGGCCUCCUUUCCUAAUGCUUCCAGCCUGUCCGAGUCCGGCAAUAAUGCGCAGUGUGCGGCGGGGGAUCAGAAUGGGUCAACAGGUCCGAACGGGACGACGACGGUCGGUGGCGUACGAUCGCGAAUGCCGACGAGUUGUACACACCAUCCUGGAGCGAGCAAGCUGCAGUUCCAUCCGCAGAUCACGGGCAUGUAUGACGCCUUUUACGAGGCGUCGAAUGGGCGGCUUAUCUUCGUGCUGGAACUAUUGGGUAAGUCGUUGCUGGAGGAAGUAAUGCAGCGGCGCCGUCACCUGCUCCACACGUUAGCGCGGCGAUCCGUAGCCUCCUCCUCCUCCUCCACCUUGACCACCAUGACGGGACGGAAGCCGCCAACACUCUUCAGCACGGACGAACUGCGUGUCAUUCUGUACCAAAUUAUCAAGGGCAUCCGUGACAUGCAUCGACAUGGACUCUUCCAUCGUGACAUAAAGCCCGAGAAUAUUCUGCUGCGUGAGGGAAGAGGUCUGGAACUAAAGCUUGCCGAUUUCGGCAGUUGCCAAUUUAUCGAGGGAGCAACACAAAAGAAAACAAGGGACCAGCGGUGCAACCAGUUCGGACUCACCAACCACCAGUUCGGACUCGCCAACCACCCGCCUGAACCCAGCCACCCGUUUGGACCCAACCAUGCAUUUGGGACCAACAAUGAAUUUGGAGCCGGAAAUCAGAUAGGGAAACAGAUGGGAAAUCGUGCGGGGAACCAGAGGGGGCCGAUUGUCGAGGGGCAGAUUGUCGAGGAGCGCGGGGUGGUGGAGGAGGUCCGUGGUGUUGAUGUGCAGGUUCGUGCAGAGAGGGCAGGUUGUUUUACGGAGUAUAUCUCAACGCGGUGGUACAGAUCCCCCGAGUGUCUGCUGACGAACGGUCGGUACAAUUGCCCGAUGGAUUUGUGGGCUGUGGGAUGUGUGGCGGCGGAGUUGCUAUCUGGACAGCCAUUAUUUCCUGGUGAAGAUGAGCCCGACCAGUUGCGUCUGAUCCAUAGUUUGUUUGACUAUCCAUGUCGGCGUGAAGUGACUGAGAAGAUCGGACCGCUAGGUGACCAUGUGCACUUUAAUCUCGACCGACGGAGCAAAAAAAAGUACUUAUUUCCACCCUUCCUCAACAGCGCCACCAACAACAACAGCUGGUUCUCCUCACGCCGCCAAAAAUCGCUCUCCCAUCCCGCACGCGAACGCUGGAACAAAGUCAUCGCCCCCCGCAUCUCCCACACCCUCAACGAUGACCUCAGCGACCUCCUCUACCGCCUCCUCGCUUACUUCCCUCAAGAACGAAUCACGGCCGAGGAAGCUCUGCAACAUAGAUUCUUCGCCUUCCACCGCGGCUCCCUUCGCCACCUCGACAAAUAG